AUGCUGCGCGGCCAGGGCAUGCUGAAGAGCCGCUGCUGCGUCCUGCUUGGUGACCUGAGGGUGCUCCUGCUCGCCCCCAUGAGCAGCCAAGCGACGGCAAGCCAUGAGCCAGGCGUCACCGUCCCCGACAACAAUAACACUUUAACACGGAGCCACCAGCAACAGCCGGCGGGGGACCGAGCCGCGCUGGCCACAGCGGGAGCCAGUGGACCAGCGGGCGUAUGGGUGGACGCCGCGGAGCUGUCAGCGGCCCUGCGCGGCCACAGCAGCUCAUCAGAUGACUGCUCGAAGGGCAAACUGGAGGAGAGGUUCUCCCUCACCAGCUACACCGAGAGUGGCUUCAGGACGCCCGUGUGCAGGAUCUGCUUCCAGGGGCCUGAACACGGGGAGCUCCUGAGCCCGUGCCGCUGCAGUGGGUCAGUCCGCUGCACUCAUCAGCCCUGCCUCAUCAAAUGGAUCAGUGAGAGAGGAUCGUGGGCGUGCGAGCUGUGCUACUACAAGUAUCAGGUCAUCGCCAUCAGCACCAAGAACCCACUGCAGUGGCAAGCCAUUUCCCUGACAGUCAUAGAGAAGGUGCAGAUCGCAGCGGCCAUCUUGGGUUCCUUGUUCCUCAUGGCCAGUAUCUCGUGGCUGGUGUGGUCAUCGUUCAGUCCGUCGGCGCGAUGGCAACGGCAAGACCUGCUGUUCCAGAUCUGCUACGGCAUGUACGGCUUCAUGGACGUCGUCUGCAUCGCUCUGAUAGUCCACGAGGGUCCUUCAGUUUUCCGUAUCUUCCACCGGUGGCAGGCUGUGAACCAGCAGUGGAAGGUGCUGAACUAUGACAAGUCUCUAGACAGUGAGGAGCUGAAGGAGGUGACAGUGGACAGGACUCAGCCCAGACAGGCUGGUUUUCAGACUGGGGUGGGCGUGUCCCACUCCACCUCCUCGCUUAUGGUGGUGGCCUCCACAGCUGCUGGUUCCACCUCCACCACAGUGGUCACAGCUGGGACAGGACUGGACCCACACAGUGACACCACCAAUGGCAGUGUGGUCCCAGAGCACUGUCCUUACAGCAUCCUCCAUCUCCUGAGCCAUCUGCGACAGACAGAGCCCCGGAGCAGCCCGCCCAGCCACAACACACGGGAGCUGGUCAUGAGGGUGACCACCGUGUGA